UAGUUUUGGCAACCCUGUGCAAUUGAUAAGAGAUUGGCCACAGCUGAUCACUCUGAAAUUACAGUUGUCAAACCAAUUUGACUUUUCAUUUGUUCUCAGCAAUAAUUGUGAGUAAAUUUCAAUUUAUUUGUGUUUGGAAAAGGAGUGUAAAGUAAAUUGCCAAAAAUGCGCUAAAAAAUAAAAUUGCAAUAGAGUGUGUAACCGAUUAAAUAGGCCAACGACCAAAAGAAAAAUAUAAUUAAUAAAAUUCCAGUUUGCGGCGGAGUUCAAUGUAAAAGCUAGACGCGUCGGUUAGUAGCAACGAUGUCGGUAAAGUCACAACGUAAAGCCGUUGCUACGGGGGCAAUGGGGAACGCGACCGGUGAAGGAGUUUCCCAUGAAAAACCCAAUUAUGGUUUAACUACGCGUGUUGCACUAUCACGUCUGCACGAUGAUAUUGAAAAAUUGUUGCGUGAGCAUGAGGCCACCUACGCCAAGGAGAGCUACUAUCGCAAACUGCGUUCGGCAUUCUUCAAACCAAGCGACACACCAUUGGGAUGGCCUGCAAUCACAGCUACACUAUUCACUAUGAUUGCGUUGCUUAUUGGUGAGGCAUAUCUGGCGUCGAUCUGUGUUGCGGCUAUCUUAUCAUUGGAUUUGUGCGUAGUGGUGCGCGAAAAUCAUUUACGUCGCACCGAAAUCUACCGCAAGACACGCCAGGCACUCGCCGAUAUACGACUCGCUGAACGUGAUCUAUGUGGCGAGUGGCAACCAUGCAAUUAUCCGCAUCUGUGUUGCCCAGUUUCACCUUGUGUGUCGCUGCAGUGGACAUAUCGCGAUGGUAAUAUUGUAAAUUUACCGUGGGCCUUAUUGGUACGCGGCGAUCACAUUGUACUACGACCGGGUCACAUAACGCCCGGUCCGUGUACGGAAGUGAAUGGAAAGCGCACAUUUGAAAUGCAUGAAAUAUAUGGCCCAACACAGGUGAAUGAUCCGCCAGUGCGUCCUUUGGCGCGUGCACCUCUACCAGAUUUAAUAUGCACAUUGCAGACGACGCCUUUUCUGGAUAAUUUGCGUGUCAUUUUGGAAAACUCAUUGAAGCGCCCAUCGACGAUAUACAAUCAGCAGCGUUAUUUGCUGGUAACGAAAUACAUACAACAAUGGGGCUUCAUAUGUGCACUUUGUUUGACGCUUUUUGCCGGCAUGUUGCGUAUUAAUGGUUUAAGCAGUUCGCCCAAUGUCGGCACACAUCCCAAUGAGCAACAUUAUUGGAAAUAUGUUUUCCUAGAGACACCAGCUGCUGCAGUUAUACCAUUACUGCCACUCAUUUUCCCCAUCAUGUGGAUAUCGAUGAAUUUGUGGGGUGUGGCAAGACUACAAUGCUUUCUCAAAAUACCACAAGUGCUCAUCACUAAAGACUCGGAAAAAUCAUUCGAAGAAGACUUGGAUGCGCCCACCUUUGAUUAUGACAACAUAUCACUGUUGCGUUCGAAUGUAUUUCGCAAUUGGUUGCAACUAUGGCAUGGUGACAGUGAACUGCUACCACGUUCAUCGAAUUUAGUGCAAGUAUUAGGCUCUAUAACAGCACUUUGUUGCAUAGACAAGAAAGGCAUACUUUCAUGGCCAAAUCCAACAGCUGAGAAGGUAUUCUUCUUACACGAUACCGACAAUGAUCACUUGGAUGAUCGCAGCACAAGUUGUUCUACGUUGAACACCAAAAGUAAUCAUACGAGUCAGGCGGAGAGUAAAAACGGUGGUAUUGUUGCUGAAGUGCUCGAUCUAACACAUGAUCAACACUGUCCAUUUCGUUUGGAGUUCGAUGAUCAUGGGUGGAAAUCGCAUAUCACAUCACUUAAACCAUUGGGCCUCGCAAUAUUGUUGAAUACUUGUUCGCCGCUGACGCAUGCACAUUACGCGCAAUUCUGUGGACAUGUAACCGCCGUGGCGAUGCUGGAUAAAGAUUUGGUGCCAGUCACGAAUCGGUAUGCCCACGUUGAUUCCAGUUUGACUAGCUUUUUGCAUGGACGUUGCCUUUGCGAAUUGGCCAAACAAAUCGGUUUUAAGGAUUCUGCUACAGAUCAUUUUUCACUCGAGGGUCAGUUGGCUUCCUACAGACAUUUGCAACCGGAAGUGGUGCGUCGUGACAUUCGCUUCGCACGCCAACUGCAGCUAUCGUCUAAAGUCAAGGUACCCUUUCCGCACUCACUGUCGGUGGUGAUGCGCGAAAACCCUGCCGGCUACCUUUCGCUCUUCACCCAAGGCACCGCCGACAUUAUAAUGGAUUUCUGUGAUGAUUUUUGGGAUGGCAAAGACUUGCGCCCACUUUCGGCGCAGGAUCGAAAGAAAGCGCUCGAUUUCUAUCAACGCAGCGCGCUCACCGCCUACUGCACCGCCUUCUCGUAUCGCCCGCUGCGACAUGGCAUUAAUGGCGCGCUCAGCGGCGCACAGCACACCGGUGGACCAAUUGCAUAUCUAGAAUUGCCACCUGAGUCGAAAAUACGCAUGCAACAUGUUGAUCGCGCCCAUUGCGAUUUCGAGAGUGGCGGCCAUAUACAUACGAAAUUGAGUCACAGCAUCAGCACUGAUUCGCUAUUAUUCAGCGAAAGUAAAGACGAUGACAUCAACGAUGUAGAGGGCUGCUUCGAAAUGCAAUGCCAUCAGGUGUUCAUCGGUAUGGUGACUAUGCAGUAUCAAGCGCAGACGGACAUUGUACAGCUGGUGGAGCGACUGGAGCGCGCUUGUAUACGGUUCGUACAUUUCAGCAAAGAAAACGAGUUGCGCUCGCGUGUAUUCUCGGAGAAGAUGGGUCUGGAGUCCGGCUGGAACUGUCACAUAUCGCUGUUGAAUGAGGGAGAUGAUAAGGCCUCAAUGAAUACUGCUGCCGAGAAGGCUAACACCAGCGGUACGUCUGGGCGUUCGGGUAACAAAAGUUUGCAGAGUAAUAAUGAGAAUAAUAUCAACAUUGUUGAGUCCGCUCAUGAUCACACGACAGCCAUUAGCACAACCAUCAACAAAAACAACAACACUGCCACAAGCACCAUCAAUUCAACCACCAAUAAUGUUUCAUUGCCUCAUAAUGUAGAAAUCAUAAAUCAGUGCACAAGCACGCAGAACACCACCACCACUACCACCAUCAACAUAGGUAAUCAGAAAAACAACAACAGCAAUAGUAGUAAUAUUAGUAGCACGCAUCCCCCACAUCAAACGCACCUAAAUAUAACGAAUAUUACAGGCGGUACAGGCGGCACCGAUAACGACGCCGACGACGAAGGCAGCGAUCUGCAUCAUCUGCUACCGCCACCCAAUCUCGAGUCUUCCAAAACACUAAGCUCAUCAGCACCGGGCGCCAUCUCCAAUCCCGAUGAGUACCAAGCGGUGCAGCUUAGCUCAACACCGCCCUCGCGUCGCAGCAGCGUCAGUUGUGGUGGUGAAGGUAACGGCAAAAACGAGUCCUUACACAUGGUGGAUGGCGGCAACAAAGUUAUUGUGGAUGCCGUUGACGAUGAGCACCGCCAAUCGGAGGACUCUGCCAUGGAUGAGAAUUGUCGCUCGAUGAGCAUCAUAACGGAGAGUACCGAGCAGAGCGCUCCCGUACACUUUGACAUGUCUAAUCGUGCUAAAUUGCCGCGCGGCAUCGAGAAUAUACGUCCGCAUUUGGAACAGGUGGACAAUGUGCCAUUACAGGUGUCGCUAUUCACCGACUGUUCGCCCGAGGCGACGCGUCAAAUGCUCGAUAUUAUGCAGUCAUAUGGUGAGAUUGUCGUGUGUCUCGGCUCUUCGGCCAGCAAUUCAAAUGCGAAUAUAUUCCUGCAAGCCGAUUGCAGCAUAGCUGUCGAGCCGCUUUAUCCGCAAGUUUGUCAAGACAUUAACGCCUACACGGAGGGCAAUCUAACAAAUAACAAAUUGCGUCUGCUGCGCCUCAAAAAGGACCUCAAUGGCGAGGAGAAAUAUGGUAGUCAUGAACCCUACACCACCGAAGAGCUGCUCGAAAGCGGCUUCUAUGGCAAUGAUGAGCCACAAAUGCGUCCAAUGCAGUCCGCCGGCAACACUGUGUCCCCCGUCUACCUAGGUCGGCUCCUCAACUCGUUGCCCUGUUCGAUAUCGGUGUGUCGCGAUGAACCGUUAUCGCUGGUGUCCAUUAUCGAGUUGUCGCGUCGCUUUUCGGCUGGCCUUUGGAAUUGCAUACAAUAUUGGGCUUGCUGUGCCGGCGCGCUUUCAAUGAUCAAUAUUUUAAGCGCUUGCCUUUCGCUGCCGCCACUAUUGACGCCGAUUAUGGUGCUGUAUUUGAUGAGCGUACCGGUACCGUUGAUUGCGCUCGCUUUGGCGCACAUCGAUAUCGAUCCGAAGAUUAUGAAUCGUGCCACAGGCAAGAAGCAAACCGAGUAUGAUACAAAGGUCUUCGGUUUUGUGAUAUGGUGUUAUGGCUGUAAAUUCAUCGCUCCCAUUUUGAUUAUGAUUUUCGCCUAUUGCACAUUUAUGGCGCAUCCCAUCGAGCUCAUGGACAUUGACGAGGAGAAAUUGCAUAUCAACUUGCAAAUCGCUCGCAUCUUCUCUUUCCUCGGCAUCUUAGUGCAUUUCGUGGUGAUUUCCGCCUGCUUCGUGCAUCGCGAUCACUCGCUGUGGCAGCGUAAUCCCUUCCGCAAUCACAUCUGGGCUUUCACCUGCGGCUGCACGCUGCUCGUGCACAUCGUCAUCUGUGCGGUGCAGAUCUGCCUGCAGGACAACUACUUCGUGGAGGCCUGCGGUAUGUGGCCGGCGAUCGCGUUCCUCUAUGGUGGCAGUUUUAUAAGCCUGGCAAUCACGGAGAUUUGCAAGUGGCAAGAGAUUAAAGUUAACACACGCUAUCAGCGCCGCGCGAGGCUUGACUUUGGCACCAAAUUGGGUAUGAAUUCACCGUUUUAAACACAUACAACACAAUUAUAAUAACAAUUGCGACUGAACAUGUAAGCAUUGAGUAUUGGUAAACAAUCUAAAGAGACUAAUUCGUAAUCAAAGAAACAAAAAUAAGUAAACGUUGCAAAAUGCGCAAUAAAAAAUACCCUAAUCUACAUUAUUAAAAGGCAAAAUAGGAACAUAUUUAAAACAUAAACGAUAAGCAAUUCAAGAUGUAGUGCCAAAGUUGCAAAAAAAACUUAAUGCAAUGCAAAAAAUUACAAAAAGAAAAACAAUAAAGUUUAAACGUAAAUUUGUAUGAACUUCUAUGCCGUAAGCUAACUGUGAAAUGCGAAUGCGCCGCUGACACUGCCUAAUAUUAAAACAUAUUCCAACUAUGAGAGCAAAAAGCAGUGAAAUCAGGCACUGAAUAUAACGAUUAUGUUGAGAUUUUUGGAUUUUAAAAACGUUUUGAAGAAUUUCUUCAUAGCAAAUAUUAACUGAUAUGUUAUGUUAACCUAAGCUAAACUUAUUUUUGUAUUGAACAUUUUGCGUAAUCUCUCUUUUAAGAUUAUUAUAUUUUCGACUGUACAUAUUUGAAGCUUAUAUUUAUCUAUUUAGCUAUAGGUCGAACUAAAAUAACUGUUUUCUAUUUAAAUUUUUUCAAUUUAAAAAAAAAUGUAUUUUAUGAUUUGUAUUUUUUGAUAAAAAAUAAUUUUAUAUUGGUCUGAUUAUUAUUUUUUCGUUAAUAAAUAAAUAUUAUUUUUUAUUUUUAGUUUUUUGAACAACUUUUUCCACUAAAUUGUUUAAAUUUAAAGUUUUCACACUGUUUCAGCAAGAAUACAUAUAUAUUAAUAUAUAAACUUCUUUAGAAAAAUAGUGUAGAUAAUAUAGCGCUACACGAGUUUGCAGAAAUAAAAAAUAUGAAAAUACAACAAAUACAAGUUUUGUUAGAAAACUAAUUAUUUUUAUCAACGAAAAAAAUUAAAUAAAACUUGAAAAUAAUACUUUUUUUCUAUCGAAAAAUAGAAAUCAAAAUGAUUAUUUUUAUAUCGAAAAAAUUACGAUAUUUUUUUGUCGAAAGCAUCGAUAACAAAACGAUACUUUUUAAUCGUAAAAAUAUAAAACAAUAUUUUUGGAAACAAAGUAAAAAUAUUUAUAUUUUUGUUUUUGUCGAAAAGAAAGAAAAUAUUGAAUAUUUCUUCUGGCCGGAAUCGAUAUUUUUAAAAACUGUAAAGUGCCAAGUAUCAUUUAUCGAAGAAGUUAAACAGCAAACUAUCGGAAAAUAACAAUCGAAAUACGGUAAUUUUUUUGUCGAAAGAUAAAUAAGGAAUAAUUUGAUAAAAUUUAAAAGUAAAAUAUAAGCACACUUUUUUGUCGUAAAAAAGAUUUAUUAUUAUUAUUAAUAUAUAAUUAAAAUUUUAUUUACAAUUUUAUAUUUUCACAAAAAAUGGAAUUUGAAAUAUUUUUAAAUGUCUGUCCGGAAUCGAUUUUUUAAAAACUAUAAAGCGUCAAUUAUAAUUUAACGAAGAAAUUAAACUGUUAAAUAUCGAAAAGAAGCCACAAUAACGAUAUUUUGUCGAUACGAUAUUCGAUAUAACGAUUAUUUUUUAUCGUAGAAAUAUCUAACGAUAUCUUUUGUUUUUUAAAUAAAUAAUAUAUAUAUAAUUUUUUAUCGAAAAAUAGAUUUCAAAAAUUUUUUUUUCUUAUAUUAUAAUAUAUGGCCGAGGUCGAUAUUUUUAAAAACCGUAAAAAUCAAUUAUGUUUCGCCGAGAAAAUUAAACAGUAAAAAAUAUCGAUUAUCACAAAACACAAAAUAACGUUUAAAAUUUAUCUAAGAAAUUAAACCGUAAAAUAUAGAUAUUUAGCGAAAAACAGAAAUUAUAAAUUUGUAUGAUAACCGUUACAGUCCCGUAAUGAAAGCUUGAAGAUUGAAUUUAUACAAACAUUUGUAUUUACAAUUAUUAGGAAGUAACGGAGCUAUCCUGUCGCUUAUCUACGACCGUGUGUUGUGCCCUUAAGAAAAUCGAUUUCAGCUUUUGCUCUCAAUUGAAAAAACGCAUUUCUUUAAAACUUUCGACUACUUCUCGCGCGCAUUCGCAUUCACGGCAUAUUAAGUAAAACAUCGUAGCUUCUAAGUCAAUAGUUUUUUAGUAUGUGCUGUUAAGCAAUUAAGUACAUAUGUAUGUACACUUUUUUAUAAACCGUUGUGUUUUAUGUUCAUAUGUUCAUAUUUUUGUAUUUAAUUGUAUAUAGUUAACAAAUUUUCAUAUAUUUAACGACAGAAAGUGUUUACGAAUUUUUUCACUUACUAACAAAUACCGUUAUGUAGAAUUUACUAUGUUUAAUGUAUGUAAAAAUAGAAGAUAUCGCCGAAGACAAAACAAACAUACAAAA